AUGGAUCCCCUCUUUCUGUCCCCCGCCCUGCCAUCAACCUUGAUCCACUACAUAAUCCACCACUGCACCUACCCAACAACCCUCCUCAUCUGCAGCGAUCGUGCCGAGUUCCUUUCCGCUCUCACACAGGAGUUACAAACCCAACAACACCAUCAGCGGCAGUCGGAAGCCACAGCAGAUCCUGACACAGACGUCGGCCCAGACCAUCUCGGUCAAGCUCCCCACCAACCAUCAUCCCCCCCAAACCACACAGCAUCAGCGCCUAGUCUCUUAACUCCGCCCCCGUUGUACCAGCUGGCAGUCACACGGCACAUACGGACAGUAUUCAUACCAACCGUGUCACACCUCCGCGCUUUUCUCUCCGUUUUCACCCUUCAGGACACGGCAGCUGUUUCGGCACCUCCCACAAGCACGGCCGCGCCUAGGUCGUCAUCAUCCGGAGCAAACCACACAACUCCUUUGCUCCUGGUGUACGGAUUCCUGGGGUCACAUCGGCAUACGAGCGAGUGGAGUGUUCAGGGCGUCAAUGGUACGGCCGCUGUGCUGGUCGUAGCUGCGAAGCAGGCGGGGUUAAAGGCCGUGAUCGUGGAGGCUCCUCCUCUCUCUACUUCCUCUCCUGACGAGGCUGGUGGGGAUACUCAACACGCAGAGGAUAUUCUGUCAGAGAAGAUGCCCGUGUUGAGCGGCAGCUCAAAAAGAACAGGACUCAAUCUCGAAGGAACCGGCUGGUCAGGCAAAACCAUUGAAGUCAGCAAGGUUCUUGGAAGAUGGUUCCGCUUUCAAGAGGGAAAUUGGGAGGCCUGA